AUAACGAGCAAUAAUUUCGCUUAUCAACAGCAACCCGCGCAGCAGGCAACUAGCGGCAGCAGCAGUAUGGCAUCACCUUCGCAAAACAGUGCCACAUUGGGCACAGCUGGCACCACGACCUCAUCGAUAACGACCAACUCAUCGAGUGGAGGCAAUACAAAGUCCGGUUCCGGUAAUGCUGCCAGCGGAACUUCUUCCGGUAGUGGUUCAGGUGAUGGUGCCACCCAGCUGCUUACAAAGCCGCGCCUCCAGGAGCUGGUGCGUGAGAUCGACCCAACGGAACAGCUGGACGAAGAGGUGGAAGAACUGCUGUUGCAGAUUGCGGACGACUUUGUGGAGAACACGGUCAACGCGGCGUGUAUGCUGGCGAAACAUCGAAAAGUGCCGAAGGUGGAAGUGCGUGAUGUACAGUUGCAUUUAGAGCGCAACUGGAACAUGUGGAUCCCCGGAUUCGGUACGGACGAGUUGAGACCCUACAAGCGAGCCACGGUGACCGAGGCCCACAAACAGCGGCUUGCGCUAAUAAGAAAGGCAAUCAAAAAGUAUUAGCACGUCCAUUCACUAGCAAUAUCGAUAAUACUAAUAAUAAUCAUUCAAAAUCGACACAACAUCCCUCUGCUGCUGUACAUUUACUGCCAUCUUUGCGAAUCCUUUUAAAAUCGAGUAAAAUGCUUUCCAA